AGUGAAAAGAAAAGGGGAAAGCAACUUGGGGUUUUUUGUCAUCUCUAGCUUAUCCUACUCCUCCUUUCCCUUUCUCUAUCUACCCUCUUUUCUCUCUCUUAAUCAAUUGCGGUCCCUGAUCUAGCUUUGAUCUACCAUUUCUCUUUAUAGUUAUUGCUUCUGCAACUUCUGCCUUUUACCAAAAUCCAGAAACUAGAAAUGGAUGAAACCCUCUCUUCUCCAGAACAGGAGUCAGAUGCCUCAAGGGAGCUCAUGAUUAGGCCAGAAACUCAGGCUUCCAAAAGAAGGUGGGUUCAAUUGAAGGUGGCUCAUCAGAAAACAGUGGUUACAGUGAAGAUAGGACCAAAUGUGGGGAAGCUAAAGAAUGAAGGGCCUCCUUCAGAUUUCUGGUCAUGGAGGAAAUAUGGGCAAAAACCCAUCAAAGGAUCUCCUUAUCCAAGGGGGUACUACAGGUGCAGCACAUCAAAGGGUUGUUCUGCCAAGAAACAAGUGGAGAGAUGCAAAACUGAUGCUUCUGUGCUCAUAAUCACCUACACUUCUAGCCAUAAUCAUCCAGGUCCUGAUGUGACAUCCACCACCAAAACCCAGAACCCACCACCAAAAGAAGCCCCAAUGCAAUCCAAUAGUGAAGAAGAUGAUGAUGAUGACGAGGAUCUCACGGCUGAAGUGCCCAAAGAGGAAGAACAAGAGGCAGAGCCAGAGCCGGAACCAGAACCAGAUCAAGAAGAAGAACAAGAAAGGAAAGUAGAUAUGCAACAAGAACCAGAUCAUUUCUACUAUAUUCAGUCCCCAAUCAGAUCCUCCCAAGACAUAGUGAUUUACCAAGAAGACCCUUUCAGCUCUGGGAGCCACCUAGAGAAAACCCUUUUUGAUGAACACCCACAUCCCCUCUGUUACCCUCAGCUCAUGAGCUUCUCAACAACACCCAAAUCCGAAGAAGAAGAAGACUUCUACGAUGAGCUUGAGGAAUUGUUACCCGCAUCGUCCUAUUUCCCAAGCUUCAUGAGAAGCAAUCUCUCCCAGCUUGAAAGGAUUCCUUUUGUCCCUUCUUGAUCCUAGUGUCUGUUUUCUAGUGUUUGCAGCCAGCAGUUAGUGCUUAGGAGAAACAAUGUAUGUACCUAGCUAAGCUAAACUCCAUUGUUAAUAUAUGUCAUUAUCAUGUUCUUCAUGCCCACUACCGGCGAUUGUUCCAAGUCGGCAUCUUUUGGAAUAUUUCUAACCUGGGUUCACAAAAUGAGAAAGCUACAUCACUUUGUCAUUACCAAAAGCUUAC